UUCAACAAUAUAUUUAGAAUCAUAGUUUAUAUCUCUGUUUCAAAAAUGUCCAAAACUUUAUUAAGGACUCCCAGCACACAAAUGUUGCUGCCACGUACAAAGAAGUUGCAGAAAUAUUCAAGAUUGAAGCCGUUUGGCUUUUGCUGCUCUAUGGAUCGCUUCAAUUCAUUCUCAAAAUACAACCAACAAAAGCCACCCUAUAAAUCAUCACUAACGGCAAUAUCUAUGCACGAAUGUCCGGUAUCUAAGAUGCAAGUGUCAUUUUUCACACCACGGAUUCUCCGAGAAAAAAGGAGAUCAACCAAGAUCAGAGUGUCAAACAUAGGAGAUCAGCAACAACUAAAGAGCGACGGAUUAAAUUACUUUCAAAGAAAUAAUCGUUCUGUAAAAUGGCAUCUAGAGGAUGAGAUUGCAUUAGCCAAGCAUAUUUUUUGGACAGAAAAGCAAAGAGUUCACAAAAAAGCGAGCAACAUGGCAUUCAUUAUCGCAAGAAAGAAAUUUAAUCAUAUGAAAAACUUACUGGAUCUCAAGUAUCCUCGGUGGUACCAAGAUUUUUCUCUGGAUCAAAUAAAAAAUUUAAUGAAUCUGGAAAAUGUAAUACACGCCGAUUACAAAGAAAGGAUAACAAAUGGCACGCAAACAACAUUGAUGGCUAUUGGUAUCACUUCAACGUUCUUCAAGUUAAAUCCGAAUAUUAUAAAAGAGUUGCAUAAAUCAAGCGGAUUGAAUAGUGUCGAUUUUCUACGAGAAAUUUAUAAGAUUUUAACUGGAAAUGAUUUCUACGAGGAGAAAUAUAAGAAAUUUUACAAUUGCAACGAGAGAAUAAUAUUGUCAGCCAUCGCGUUUCUGACAUUGCCAGAAACAGUAAAGGAAUUACAUAGAAGACUACCAGCAGUAAUCAUGCCAAAAUUGCCACUAAAACCAAAACCAGUAUAUCUGGAAAGGCGAAGAAGCAGUUGUCCUUACAACGAAGAACUCUUUAAACGUUUUGAUUGGGCUGCUUAUCGAAAUUCUUUGGAGAAAUGGCGGAAACAAUGCAAACUACUUACAAUUCCGAAAGUGAUAUUGCCAUUCAAGGAACAAGAUCACCUUUUUGUUAGUAACAAAAUACUGUCUCGAAUUACAAAACGAGAAAAAAAUAAUGCUACUGAAUAUCUUGAAGAAAUUAGAGCGAAACUGCAAAAGAUUUCCGCUACCAAGUUUAAUCAAACUAGUAAACAUGAUAAUCUUGAUAUUGAUAAACAAGUAAAAUACAAAGAUGAAGAUUUUCUAGGAGAGAAAAAUUUGGAAACAGGAGAAUCAACUUUCGACAUUUAUCAACUAGAUGAUGACAAAAAAUUCGAUUUUAUGAUAAAGGAUCUUCAUAAAAAACUUGAAGCUGUGGAAUACAAAGCUAGCGGCGUGCUAAAACCGCUAGGAGCAAGCCAAAAAUCCUGGUUGGGCGAGAAGACCGCUCUUUAUACAAUAACUGGUAUAUCCGAGGAUCAUCCUCCAACUUACGAAAUUACUGGCGUAGUCUAUGUGACACCCACCAACAGCGACGAGAGGUUCUUCGCUGUGCUACAACGCGACGAAAGAUUUAAGAAGAUCUUUCCUAGCGGAAGGGAAAAUUUGUCCAAAAAUUGGCAGGAGUGGCUGCAAAAUGUUGAUGAGGAGUUCAACCAGGUGCAGGAAAAAGCAGACGAUUUGAUCAAGAGUGUGCAGACUGUUACAAAAUUUCUUAAACCCAUCUGCGACAGUUGUUGCUCUUGUCGACAGACUAGAAAGACUCGUGAAAAAUUGAGACAAACUAAGACGCCACAUUUGCUGAUCGACAAUGUGGUGCAGGAUGAAGGGAAAAAUAAAUACAGUGUGACGUCGAUAGCGAUGCAAUCUCCAGGACCGAGUCCAACAGGAUCGCCGAUCAAUCUGUUAGAGGAAAAUGCAUCGCAGGAUGAAAUCAAGACGAAUAUCAUCAUUGACGGUGUCGCUUAUGAAAAUGGUGAAACUCAGUACUACAUAUCGGGUGUCCAAAAGGAAAAGAUACACAUACCGUCGCGAGUUCCAUCAGUUCCUCCAGUAUCUCAGCCAAUCAGGAACAUUCCACCUUGUGCAUGUGCCAUUCAGCAAAUGAUCAACAAGGAUGCAAGUCCUUCCACUAGUAAAGACGACAUUCCUUGGACGAAAGACGAAGGAUUGUGUCCUGGGAAAAAAUACAGACCAGACGAACCAGGCGCAUAUUCCUGUAAAAUGUAUCCUGGUGACAAAUCCUGCAGACGCAAUCCUUUUAUGAAGGAGAUAGUGCAAAUAAAGAACAAGGAAAAAGAAAAAGAAGAAAUAGAGAAAAGGAAAGAGAAAGCUGAAACUGUUGAUGUAGUUAAAAAAGAGAUUCAAGUUCCAAAAAAGAAUGUAAUAGAAAAGAAGAGGUUCAUCCCUGAUCCUGAUUACCCCGCUUACGAUAAUCCUUGGGAUAUAUCGCGCAUUGCGCCAUCAGCAGAAACAACAGUGGAAACAGACUAUGAGACGAGCCUGAAAUUGACUUCUCCAACAUUGCCUGCUACCUCUGCGCCAUUAAGAAUGCACGAAAGACAAAAAGAUAUAUUAAGUAAGGAAUUGAAAGAAGCUAAAAAUGAUUCUUUGAAUAAGGAAACUAAUAAGAAAAAUCCUAAAAUCUCCUUGAAACCAUCAAAGAAUGUUCAAGAAAAAAGGAACAAAAAAAAGGGAAACUUGAAAAAUACAAAGAAGAGGAGAAACAAAUCAUCGAAGAACAUUACAGCCAAGAGUGAGUCAAAAUUAGCAACUAAAAUUUUCAAAUCGACGCGAAUAAACAAAACGAAGAAGAAUAAGCAACAAACAAAGUCGCUCUAUGAUUUUCCCUACAAUUCCGAGGAGAGUCGGAAGCAAGAAAUGGCAAGGUUAAAAAAUAUGUUCAAGUUUCCUGCGGGAGUCCUAGAUGACAUUCAACCGGUUCUUCCGAACGAAUUGUCAGAAGAGCAAAGAGAAGAGACUGGCAAUUCUCUGAUCGAUGAAGAAGAGAGUCGUAUCGAGAAGAGACCCUGCUGCUGGAGAACGAGAUCGGAACAAGAGCUUCCAGCGAAGAAAACCCUGGCUUAUCUUUGUGAACCGGAUUAUCCUCUGGAAACGAUGCCAGUUCGUCCUGGAGGCCGACCGUGUCACUGCAGGGAGAACAGGAGCAAAAAGAAGAUUCUUGUGAGUGGUGUGGUGGAAAAGAAAAUAGACGGGAUGAGAGUUGAAGAGCCAAAUUUGGAAGAGGAGAACAGAGUCAUCGACGGUGUUGUUUACGUCACGCCAUCUCCCAGUCCACGAAGAAGCGACGAAUAUGUUCCAGAAUAUGAUCUUCUCGACUCACCGUACGAUAUGUGCAUUGGCGAAACUACAGACGAACGAUUAAAGUUGAUCGAAAAAUAUUCCGGGCCUAAGAGCCUGGUGAAAAGAAUACAGAAGAAGCCCAAAUCGUGCAACUGUACCGAUGACGUGAAAAAAGACAAUCAGAAGAAUGACAUUGAAGAAGCUCGGCGGAAGUUGAUAGAGUCCAAAUCACCAGAGGAGAGAUGGAGAGUGGCGUUGAAGGAUGCGGCAUUGAUGGACCAUUUUACGCAGCGCGAGGAUAAUGCUCCCUGCUGGACGUCCUGCAAGAAGUUUGCUCGAAGUAUCAGACCUCGCAGAUUAAAAGUGAUGAAACCCGUGUGCGAAUGCAAAAACGAAAGAAAGAUCCUGGAGCGAAAUGAAGAAAGAGCCAAGUGGAAAGCGCGUCAACAAAAACUGAAGGCGUUGAAGAAGCAACCUUUUAUGCCCAUUGUCGACAUCUCGAGACCCAUGGUGAAGGACACGAUAUUCACCUUAUCAGAAGUGAAAAAAAACGCGGACGACAUCGAAUACCAUAUAUCAGAUGUAGCAGAAACUGUUUCUAUGUCAUCGCCUCAGCAGGCAGUCGAUGGUCUAAAGAUGUCCACGCCGUUGCACACACCAGAACCGAGCAAGGAAGAUAUUUUACAAGCUGCUGUACAUCGUCAUUGGUCGCCGAUGAACAUUCCUCCGGGUCCGUUGCCGAGGAAAGACGCUGCCUUGAAGGCAGAAAUCGAUCGCAGAAAGAAGGCCAGGGAUGAAGCGUUCAGAUUGAUUUAUGAGAAUAAAAGUGAACAAGUUGCACCCUAUGCGACGCACCAAGAAAUAUACGACGAAGAGAAAUUGAAGGAAAUUGAGCAGAGUCAAAAGACGAAAGAAAGCCACACAAGUGUCACGAAGGAAGUGUCUAAAGCGCCGAAGGCAUUGCAUUCACUUGGCAAAAAGAUUAGCAGCAAAAUAGAAUAUGAAAAAGACGUAUUACAUAAAGAAAUUAGUAGUAAAAUAAUUGACGAAAAGAAGCAAUAUCCUGAAGUUACUGGCGAAGUUUAUCAGCGAGAUAAUGCAUCAUAUAAACAAAUAAUCGAGAAGACCAGAGAGAAGAUCGAUGAUAAUACAACUGGCGAUGGCGAUAAAAAGCUUAAAGAUAGCAAGUUUAAUCUUAGAACGAUAAUAAAGGCUGAAUUGAAGAAAAUGGAUGUGGAAGGCUAUGCAUUCGCCAAGUUGCCGAAAUGUUAUUUAAUGCCGCAGCUUCAGGAUUGGAUCAUGUACAGAAAAGGCAUAGUUUUUUCGGAAACUGACAAAAAAAAAUUAAUGCAAAAGAGCGUUGUCACUUGGCAAUUGUUGGAUAAGUUAAGAAUGCCGAAGUUCGAGGUACCGUCGUUGAAUAUGACAAGGCAUCAGCUAAAAAGUUUGUCCUAUAGUCAAGCCAAGGAGAUAAAAAAGAAGAUUGAAGAAAAGAGAGCAAUUUUCCAGAGCGGAGUACGUAAAGAACGUGUUUCUUACGCCCGUUCUAUGUGGAAUACCAUGGAAUUCGGAAAAUUCCCUUCUACAUUGUUCAAGAGAGCUUAUUUCACAUACAUGCCCAGCAAAGAAGCCGAUGGACAUGUGUACAAGCCAUGGCUGACUUCAGAACUUUGUAAACCAAAUCCUGAUUUUAGUUGCUAUUAAUAAAUGUUAAGAAUUACACAAGUAUUUAUAUAAUGAAUUAAAUAUAAAUAAUUUAGAGACAGAACUGCAAUAGACUGCAUUGACCUGCACCUCGUUUGUUACUUGCAACUAUAAAUCAGAGUUACUAUAUUUGUACAAACAACAGCAAUUGAAACAAUGCAAUUGACACAGUUUUGUCUUACAAAUUGCAUUGACAUGUAAUAAAUUAAAAAAAAAUUAUAUAUAAAUACUACAUAUAAAUUAUACAAUAUAAAAUAUAAUAAUUUAGCCAUUUUAACAUAGGGGUUAUUUAUGAAAAUAAUAAUUGUUUGGUUAAUGGCACAUGUAACAAUUUCACGACGAUAAAAAAUAAAAUUAAAACUGAAAUAAAAAUUAAAAUUGAUAAUAUUCUAUCGUCACCAAUAUCACACACAGAUCAACCAUAAUUUAAAAAAAAUUAUAUACAUAUAAAAUACAAUAUAAAAUAUAAUAAUUUAGCCAUUUUAACAUA